AUGCGUCUGACCCCUGUCCCUACACUGCCCAACCUCUGCUCCAAGCAGAGAAAGAGCAGCAAGACUGCUACCAGCACCACCCCAUCCUUCCUUUCCAACCUGGGCAAGCCCACCCUACCGGGGAUCAGGAAGUGUCUCCAGUGUGGCGUUUACAACGGGACUCAGCUCAGCUGCAAGAAAAUGGCCUGUGGCAUUGUCUUCUGAGCCGGGGGGUGUAAGAGAGGGCGGUGGAGGUGGUGUGGUGGAUCUUCAGGUGGACAUGCACAGGUGUUCUCUGUCUGGCAAGGGAGGGGGGCGAGAGUGGCGGCAACACAGCGGGGGUUCGUAGAGCUCGUCCCCACGGAAACAGCCAUUGCCACGAGCGACGAGGAGACCCUGGUGACCCGGGACAACGAGGGCCGCUGCUUCCUGCCCACCUGUCGCCACGCCCAGGGUAAAAGGACAGGCCAGAGCCAAUGUGUCCACGUGAAGCAAGGCAUGGAGUGCCAUACGCAGGCCACCCCUCUCCCUCUGAAGAGUUCCAUUCUGGAGGGGCUGAAGGCCUCAGCCGAGGCCAGGGAAGAGCUCUGGAGGCUGGCUACUGAGUCCCCGGGACCCCUGGUCCAGAGGGUGAACAAAAAUACCCUGGUGGUGAAAUGUAACAGUGGACCAAGUCAUCCUCUGAGGCUGCUUCACCUGACUAUAGGUGCUGGGGGGAAGGCUCCAUACCUCUGCCUCCACUUCUAUGCCUGUGUCUGUGCCUUCGCCAACGAUGAGAAACUGGCCUCAGAGUUCACACGUUUCCUCAACUACAGCUCCAAUGGGAACAGCCAGCCUGAGAGCCUGGUGAACCUGGGGUUCCAGCAGUGGCUAGCCAGCGUUACAGAGAGGAUCCACCAGACCAUGCACUACCAGUUUGACAGUAAGCCGGAGGCUCUGGUGUUCAAGGUUCCCCAGGUGUUCUUCAACGCCCUGCAGCACUGUCUGUCCCUGGGAUCCAAGAAGAGACGGCUGCCCAACGCUACCUCUGCGUUUGUGAGAAAUGAUGAUCUGCCCCAUGGCUCCUUCUCAAAGUACACCUGGCACAUCACCAACCUGAUGCAGGUCAAACAAAUAUUUGACACCCCAGAGCUGGCCCUGGAGUCGACCCAGAGUGUUGUGAAGAACAUUGAUGGUUCCUACUCUCCGUUCCGCUGUCUCGAACCCCCACUCCUGACCCCACUGAGGGCUACAGCCGCACGGACAGGCCAAACGACCCCUGGAGCUACGCACCUUCCUCAAAGUUGGUCAAUAUCUUGUGUGAUGUCAUAUGAACUGAUUUCUCACUUUGUGAUAGAGUGGAUCCCAGACAUCCUGCCUCGCUGUCGUGUCGGAGAGCUCCACAUCCGCUUCCAGUAUGGGCACCAGCACGGAAGACAGCCGGAAUACUGCGACGGAACACCGGGACACACCGGAGGGGUAGGGGGGGGCAGAGAGGGGUUGUCGCAAGUCAUCAUCAUCAUCAGACUCCUCCCAACCCAAACUGACUGUAGAAACACUGCAGUUAACUGUCCCGUGAGAUAUCACUGGAGGAUCUGUUAGUUAGAAGUUCUGGAAUUAUGGUAAUCUACAGGACUGUUUUUAGAUAGAGAAAUAGAGAGAGAUGAGGGGAAAACAUUUUAGAGAGAUGGAAAGAGAGAUGAUGGAGAGUGAAAGAGUGUUGGGGAAUGGACUUUUGCUGAUGGCCAACCAUUUUCUUUUUUUGUAUCACUAUUUGUUCAAUCUUCUCCCAAGUUACUCCAUGUCCCUUCCAAUGCAGCUACCAUGGAUUUGUGUUUUUUUACGCUAUUACGUGACUUCUACGUAUCAAAUCAAUUCGCAGGUGC